CGGAUGUGAGAGCCAUUCUUGCACAUGUGGGGACUCGGCACUACUGCUCAGUUCCCUGUCGCUCUCACUCUCGCCCUCGUGCAGCCAUUAUGCCAGACACUCGCACCGAGUGGGCCCUGUGUUGAAUUUAACUAUGCGAUUGCUCCGAAGAUUGUCCAGUCGGUUUCCGUCCACAACGUCAGCGGCCAAGUAGUGGGAGCGAGCGGCCUCGUUGUUCCGAGUCGCAGGGAAAGUUCCAGAGCAGGGGUUCUUAUGUCGUUCUCAACUGCGGUAAAUAGGUUGGAGGCAUUUUGUCUCCGAACAUCAACAACGCGGCCCAGAACUCGCCGCUCUCCUUUAUCAUUCACUGAAUCAGCCGAAUUCAAGUCUGACGACUCGUGCUUGCC